CCUCUCCUCCAAGAUACCAUUCCGGCAUUCCCUACUCCCAAAAGCUUAUAACUUCUGCACCGGGUAGGCUGCGGCAGCGGCAGGUAGAGAAUAAAAGCAGAGGCAGUGGCAGAGGCAAGAGGAACUCGAGUCUCUUACCUGAGCGAGCAAGCAAGCCAGGCAUUUUCUUUCCCUUGUCGCGGCAGUAGAAGCGGCAGCAAACUAGGAGAGAGGCGUGCACGCCGCGGCCGGGACAUCUCGAGCGACCACCAGCUUAGUUAACCUCCUUGGCUAAGGUUGCGGUGAACCUGCCGAGAGGGAAGCUAGCAGCUUGCCGGAGCUUGUGGCGCACUCUUCGUCCGCGUGAGAAGCUUGUAUAAGUUGCUGCCUCCCCCGUGAUUAGGCCAUGUCGGUGUCCUCUGCUCUGUCGUCCUUCCUGUACUCCUGCUUCUACCCCACUGGCGGCCACCGCCACGGCCACCGCGCCGGCGCGUACUACUACAGCAGCCACCCCACGAGCACCAACACCUUUUACUACCACGAGGGGGGCCUCGCUGGACGCAGGAUGGGCCGGAGCAGGCCACUGUCGUUGCAGACGGUGGAGCUGAAGGUUCGGAUGUGCUGCUCGGGGUGCGAGCGGGUGGUGAAGCACGCGCUGACCAAGCUGCGGGGCGUGGACUCGGUGGAGGUGGACGUGGAGAUGGAGAAGGUGACGGUGACGGGGUAUGUGGACCAGCACCGGGUGCUGAAGGAGGUGCGCCGCGCGGGGAAGAAGGCGGAGUUCUGGCCCAACCCGGGCCUGCCGCUGCACUUCACGUCGGCCAAGGACUACUUCCACGACGAGGAGUCCUACCGCCGCACCUACAACUACUACCGCCACGGCUACAACGGCGACAAGCACGGCCACCUCCCGGAGCCCCACCGCGGCGCCGACCACGUCAGCAACAUGUUCAACGACGACGACGUCAACGCCUGCUCCAUCAUGUAGUGUAAUCCAAUCAGCUGAUCGAUCGAGAUGGCAUGGCAAUGGCAUGCAUGGCCUCAGGAAUCGAUCGAUGUUCUAGCGUGCGCGUGUAUGUAGACCACCAUGCACGGGCGACGAGCUGGCUGGAGACCAGUGUGAUCAUCAUUGUGUAUUUGUGUGUUUUCUCUAGUGCUCCGUCCGGCCCAGGCAGCGCUGUAAUAGUAGCAGGUCGAGUCAACAAGUGUGCUCAUGCAUGCAUGCAUGUAACGAUCCAUGGAUGCUAAAGUCGCAAUAUGGAAUGAGUAGCAGUGCCCUUUACGGGUUACACGAAACAAGAGGUAUCUGUCUCUCUAUC